AUGGCACCUUCAGAGACAGCCAUUCUGAGCAAUUUCCUUUUGACCCCAGCUCCCUUGCCAACAAUCAUCUCGUUGCAGCAGUUCACUGAGCUCUUUCCAAAGAGACUACGCUCUCACCCGCACAUCAGGGUUCUCUAUCGUGAAUUACAAGAGAUUCGCGAGCAGGACCUGGACCUAGUCAAUGAGAACAUUGACAAGGAAGCAGUUCAGGGUGAACGCCAGAAGGCAGAGCUCCGUAAAUCCUUGAUGAAGACAGGCAUUGAUGGCAUUAGCUCAGCUGAGCAGCGCGAGAUGGAUAUGGAUGUCGAGCUGUUUGGGCAGACGACUUCUACGUCCAAUUACCACUCAGUAUCGAGUCUUCUCGCCGCUAUGCAGACGGCAUGCUCCAACGUGGAACAUGAGGUGACCGAAGUCGACAAGGAAGCAAGCUCACUCCUGUCCGAUCUCAAUGGUUUGGUGGGUGACUUGAGUGAUCUGCGGUAUGGCAAGAUGCAAGGCCCUGUAGGCAUGACAGGCGAGGAGGGCGUCAGCGAGGCCAUAAGGGUACUUCUUGAUUCUCGACUAUCGCAUUAUCUCACAAUGCCAUCCAUCACCCUCCACCCGCGCGCGUCGCGAUCGCCCUCACGCGUUUCCAACCCUUUUCCCCAGCUCCUCCAAACCCCCUCCGGCCUGGCGCUACUGGAACUCCAAGGCACAAUCAACAUCCCUUCCCACGAUGAAUCCUCCCAUUCCGCCGAAUUUCCCGACGGGGCGUCCGUGUUCGAGACCCCGAUCGGCAAGCUCAUGUUCCCGGACUACUCGCCGCAGAAUCCCGCGGACGACGCGGCCUGGAUGAAGCGGGUCUACCUUUACGUCGGGCGCUACCAACGCAUAACAGGCGAGGUGAAGAAGCUGCCGAAGCCGCUGGCUCUCGUGCAGCGGAGGCCGACGCCGGCGGCGGGUUCCGCGCGGGGGGGCGGCGAUAGUGACGAAUUGGAGGUGGUCGAGGUGGUGCGAUACAAGAUUUACUUCAAGAAUCGACCGGAGCCUGUCAAUGACCUCUAA